AAAGAUAGCCCAUGACCCUGGUGCUGCUCUAGCUGUGUCUGAGCUCAAUGACCUCCCCAGUGUCCAAGAACAGCUCUCCUCUAACAUUAACAGUGUACUCAGAGCCGCCACGCCCACGGCACCAAGAGUGACUGCGGACAGAACGGGACGGGAUAUCGUUUUCUUGUUGGAUAGCUCUGACGCCACUAGAAACUCAUUCCCAGCUAUGAGAGACUUUGUCCAAAGAGUUGUAGAGUCACUCAGCUUGGAUGACAACAAAGAUCGUGUCUCCCUGGUUCAGUACAGCAGAAAUGCGGCUGUCCAGUUCUAUCUGAACACAUACACGACAAAGGGUGAAAUCCUUGACGUUGUCAGAGCGUUGAGGCACAGAGGUGGAACACCCCUCAACACUGGAGCAGCUCUUCAGUACUUGAGGGAUAAUGUCUUCACAGUCUCUGCCGGCAGCAGACGCCUUGAAGGAGUCCCACAGGUCCUAAUAUUGCUCAGCGGCGGAAGGUCUUUUGACAGUGUCGAUACACCAGCUUCUGCUCUCAAAAAGCUCGGAGUUGUGAUCUUUACCAUUGGAACCACGCGCUCCGAUAGCGGAGAACUGCAGAAGAUAGCACACGAUCCCAGAUAUGCUCUAUCUGUGCGUGAGUUUACGGACCUUCCCAGUGUCCAACAACAGUUUCAGUCCAGCGUGGAUACUGUGUUGGUUGACGUCAGGCCAGAAACGCCGCAAGUAAUUGCUGAAACCAAAAAGGAUAUUGUGUUCCUUCUGGAUGGUUCUGAAGGAACAAGGAGUGGCUUCCCCACCAUGCGCGAUUUUGUUGAACAAGUGGUGGAGAAACUCAAUGUGGGCGUAGACAAAGACCGUGUCUCUGUGGUCCAGUACAGCAGAGAUGCAGAGGCCAAUUUCUAUCUGAACACGUACACUACAAGAGAGGAUAUAAUGGAUGCAGUCAGAGGGCUCAGACACAGAGGAGGCAGACCCCUCAACACAGGGGUCGCCCUCCGAUACGUCAGGGACAACAUCUUCACAAACUCCUCAGGGAGUAGGCGCGCGCAAGGUGUUCCACAGAUCUUGAUCCUGCUUAACGGUGGGCAGUCUUCUGACAGCGUUGAUGCGCCAGCCUCUGCUCUUAAACAGCAGGGCAUCUUUACAAUCAGCAUCGGAACACAGAACUCUGAUAGCAGCGAGCUGAAAAAGAUAGCCCAUGACCCUGGUGCUGCUCUAGCUGUGUCUGAGCUCAAUGACCUCCCCAGUGUCCAAGAACAGCUCUCCUCUAACAUUAACAGUGUACUCAGAGCCGCCACGCCCACGGCACCAAGAGUGACUGCGGACAGAACGGGACGGGAUAUCGUUUUCUUGUUGGAUAGCUCUGACGCCACUAGAAACUCAUUCCCAGCUAUGAGAGACUUUGUCCAAAGAGUUGUAGAGUCACUCAGCUUGGAUGACAACAAAGAUCGUGUCUCCCUGGUUCAGUACAGCAGAAAUGCGGCUGUCCAGUUCUAUCUGAACACAUACACGACAAAGGGUGAAAUCCUUGACGUUGUCAGAGCGUUGAGGCACAGAGGUGGAACACCCCUCAACACUGGAGCAGCUCUUCAGUACUUGAGGGAUAAUGUCUUCACAGUCUCUGCCGGCAGCAGACGCCUUGAAGGAGUCCCACAGGUCCUAAUAUUGCUCAGCGGCGGAAGGUCUUUUGACAGUGUCGAUACACCAGCUUCUGCUCUCAAAAAGCUCGGAGUUGUGAUCUUUACCAUUGGAACCACGCGCUCCGAUAGCGGAGAAUUGCAGAAGAUAGCACACGAUCCCAGAUAUGCUCUAUCUGUGCGUGAGUUUACGGACCUUCCCAGUGUCCAACAACAGUUUCAGUCCAGCGUGGAUACUGUGUUGGUUGACGUCAGGCCAGAAACGCCGCAAGUAAUUGCUGAAGCCAAAAAGGAUAUUGUGUUCCUUCUGGAUGGUUCUGAAGGAACAAGGAGUGGCUUCCCCACCAUGCGCGAUUUUGUUGAACAAGUGGUGGAGAAACUCAAUGUGGGCGUAGACAAAGACCGUGUCUCUGUGGUCCAGUACAGCAGAGAUGCAGAGGCCAAUUUCUAUCUGAACACGUACACUACAAGAGAGGAUAUAAUGGAUGCAGUCAGAGGGCUCAGACACAGAGGAGGCAGACCCCUCAACACAGGGGUCGCCCUCCGAUACGUCAGGGACAACAUCUUCACAAACUCCUCAGGGAGUAGGCGCGCGCAAGGUGUUCCACAGAUCUUGAUCCUGCUUAACGGUGGGCAGUCUUCUGACAGCGUUGAUGCGCCAGCCUCUGCUCUUAAACAGCAGGGCAUCUUUACAAUCAGCAUCGGAACACAGAACUCUGAUAGCAGCGAGCUGAAAAAGAUAGCCCAUGACCCUGGUGCUGCUCUAGCUGUGUCUGAGCUCAAUGACCUCCCCAGUGUCCAAGAACAGCUCUCCUCUAACAUUAACAGUGUACUCAAAGCCGCCACGCCCACGGCACCAAGAGUGACUGCGGACAGAACGGGACGGGAUAUCGUUUUCUUGUUGGAUAGCUCUGACGCCACUAGAAACUCAUUCCCAGCUAUGAGAGACUUUGUCCAAAGAGUUGUAGAGUCACUCAGCUUGGAUGACAACAAAGAUCGUGUCUCCCUGGUUCAGUACAGCAGAAAUGCGGCUGUCCAGUUCUAUCUGAACACAUACACGACAAAGGGUGAAAUCCUUGACGUUGUCAGAGCGUUGAGGCACAGAGGUGGAACACCCCUCAACACUGGAGCAGCUCUUCAGUACUUGAGGGAUAAUGUCUUCACAGUCUCUGCCGGCAGCAGACGCCUUGAAGGAGUCCCACAGGUCCUAAUAUUGCUCAGCGGCGGAAGGUCUUUUGACAGUGUCGAUACACCAGCUUCUGCUCUCAAAAAGUUCGGAGUUGUGAUCUUUACCAUUGGAACCACGCGCUCCGAUAGCGGAGAACUGCAGAAGAUAGCACACGAUCCCAGAUAUGCUCUAUCUGUGCGUGAGUUUACGGACCUUCCCAGUGUCCAACAACAGUUUCAGUCCAGCGUGGAUACUGUGUUGGUUGACGUCAGGCCAGAAACGCCGCAAGUAAUUGCUGAAACCAAAAAGGAUAUUGUGUUCCUUCUGGAUGGUUCUGAAGGAACAAGGAGUGGCUUCCCCACCAUGCGCGAUUUUGUUGAACAAGUGGUGGAGAAACUCAAUGUGGGCGUAGACAAAGACCGUGUCUCUGUGGUCCAGUACAGCAGAGAUGCAGAGGCCAAUUUCUAUCUGAACACGUACACUACAAGAGAGGAUAUAAUGGAUGCAGUCAGAGGGCUCAGACACAGAGGAGGCAGACCGCUCAACACAGGGGUCGCCCUCCGAUACGUCAGGGACAACAUCUUCACAAACUCCUCAGGGAGUAGGCGCGCGCAAGGUGUUCCGCAGAUCUUGAUCUUGCUAAGCGGCAGAAAGUCGUCUGACAGUGUUGAUGCACCAGCUUCUGCUCUCAAACAGCUGGGUGUGUUCAUGUUUGUCAUCGGAACUACAAACUCUGAUCGUAGAGAACUGCAGAAGAUGGCACAUGAUCCCAGACAUGUCGUUUCUGUUUCUGAUUUCACUGAGCUUCCCUCUGUAAAAAGCAGGGUGCUUAAUGCUGUGUCCAUGACACCAACAUCUACUGAGUCACAAGGUCCCCGGAAGGAUGUCGUCUUCGUUGUAGAUGGGUCUGACGGUGUUGGACGGGAUUUCCCAAUCAUCCAAGAAUUCAUCCGUAGAGUUGUGGAGAAUCUAAAUGUGGGUGAAAAUCUAAUCCGGAUUGGCAUCGUCCAGUUUGGCGAUUAUCCGCAGGCUGACAUGUAUCUCAACACAUAUUCAACCAAAGAAGAAGUUUUAAAUUCCGUCAGGGGAUUAAGGCAGCGGGGUGGAAGACAACGUAACCUGGGCCAGGCCUUACAGUUUGUGAGUGAGGAUGUGCUGACAGCAGCACGAGGCAGCAGGAAACAAGAGGGUGUACCUCAGUUUCUGGUUGUCGUCUCAAGUGGAUCUCCAACAGAUGAUAUCAAUCGUCCAGCAUCCACUCUGAAGCGAUCGAGAGUUAUUCCAUUGAGCAUCGGUACCAGGGAUGUGAACCCUAAGGAUCUGCAGAUUGUGUCCUUCAUACCUAACUUUGCCUACACUGUAGAUGAUGUGCCAAGCUUGGAUACAGUCCAAGAAAACGUAAUCAACACGCUUACGGAAUUAUCCGACGAUGACAUUGCAAGGAUGGUCCCACAAUUCCCAGUCUUUGAAGAAAUUGUACCAAGCACAGGUGGAGAAAAGAGGGAUGUGGUGUUUCUCAUUGACGGUUCAAGUACAACACGGAAUGACUUCCCUUCCAUUCGGGAAAUGAUCAAAAGAGUUGUGGAGAAACUGGAUGUUGGACUGGAUAAGGUCAGAAUAUCAGUUGUACAGUAUAGCGACGACGCCAGGGUAGAAUUUCUCCUCAAUGAAUUUUCCACGAAAAACGAAGUCCGCCAAGCUGUAACACAACUUCGAAGCAGAGGAGGAAGUCGUCUUAACACAGGUCGCGCUCUUGAGUGGGUCUCUCGAAACAUCUACCAGAGGUCCGCAGGAAGCCGCAUCGAAGAUGGAGUGCCUCAGUUUUUGAUUCUAGUCACCGGUGGCAGAUCUACAGAUGAUGUUACCACUCCAGCAGACCAACUUAAGAGAAGCCACGUUGCACCUAUCGCCAUUGGUUCAAGGAAUUCAGACCCAGACGAGCUGAGGAAAGUUUCCUUGAAGCCUGAACUUGCAUACACAGUUGACAAUUUCCAGCAGCUUCCAGCCGUGGAGCAGCGACUUAUUGAUUCAGUGAAAACAAUAUCUGCUAUUGAUAUCAUCGAAAGCUAUCGCCCGCCAGAUGUGGUCUUGGAUGUGUUAGACGUUGGGCGAAAAGACAUAAUUUUCCUCAUUGAUGGCUCAGACAACACAGGUGUCACGGGUAUUGCUCACAUCCGUGACUUUAUCCUGAAUCUUGUCCGACAACUUGAUGUGCGACCUGACCAAGUGCGCAUAGCUCUUGUCCAGUAUGCGGACCGAGUCAAAUCAGAGUUCUCACUGAACUCACAUGAUGCCAAGCCAGAUGUUAUCACGGCCGUUAGAAAACUUCGUCAAAUGGGAGGCCGCUCGUCCAACCUGGCUGAUGCUAUUGAAUAUGUCAUACAGAAUGAAUUAAAGCCCUCUGCUGGUGUUCGUCCACUGGAGGCCUCCCAACAUCUUGUGGUUCUCACAGGUGGACGUUCCCCGCAGGAUGUGUCUCUCUAUGGGCCUUUGUUAAAAGGAUCCAGGGUCAACUGUAUCGGCAUUGGAGCAAGUGGAGCAGACACAAGACAGCUCACCCAAAUUGCAAAGUCCCCAGAAGAUGUCCUUCAGGUUCCUACGUUCCCUGGCCUGCCAGCUAUCAGUGACAGGUUCGUUGCAAGACUGAGGAAGACAAUCCCAGAUGACUUCACGCCAGAAGAGAUUCCCACACAAGGCCUGCCUGCCCCCAAGAAGGCUGAUAUCGUGUUUUUGGUGGAUGGCUCCAUAAAUCUGGGAAGAGAUAAUUUCAAUAAAGUGAUGGCUUUUGUUGCUGAAUUAAUAGAUCUGUUCUACACUGACAGAGACAAUUUAAGGAUUGGACUGGCACAUUAUGGCACUGACGUGUCAGAUCUGUUCUUCCUCAACACCUAUAAAAACAAACCAGACAUUAUUAGUGCCAUUGAGAGUGCAGAUUAUAAAGGGGGACGUAGAACCAACACAGGGGCAGCAAUUAAGCACAUUCAAGAUGUUCACUUCUCAAAGGGAAUGGGCAGUAGGAAAGAUGAAGGCACACCUCAGAUCCUCAUGCUCAUCACAGGAGGACCAUCUUCUGAUGACAGCAAAUCAGCGGUACUUGGCUUAAAGAAGAGUGGUGUGAGAGUCUUUGCUGUUGGAGUGGGUGACAUGGAGAAUGAGUUAGAAACCCUAGCCAGUGAUUCCUCCACCGUAGCCAGAGCUAGAACCAUCCAGGAGCUCUCCGAACUAAAUGAACAAAUCCUGGGGACCUUAGACGACGAAGUGAAAGGGAAGCUGUGUGUUGGUGUACAGGAAGUUCCUAAAGCCUGCAACCUUGAGGUAUUAGUGGGGUUCGACGUUUCUGCCCAAAAUAUCUUCAGCGCCCAAACCAACCUCCUGGGAAAGAUGGGUGCCAUUCUGCAGAGAAUCAUCAAAAUGUCAACCAUCAGUUGUUCAUCGGGCCAAAUUCCCUCCAUUCAAAUCGGCAUGCUUGCUGUUGACUCUACUGGGCAGCCAGUCCAGGUGGACUUCUCUGACGAUGCAGACAAGCUUUUGGAUGCCUUUAGAGCUCUUCGCACACGUGGCCCCUUCGUCCUCAACAGCAAGACCAUCUCAGCUUACAACGACAGAUUCAGAACCAGACAAGAUAAUACUGUCAAGGUUGUUAUUCAUCUGACCGAUGGGAUUGAUUCACCCUAUCCUGAAAUGAAACGGCGAGUUGAGGAGCUCCGGCAAUCAGGAGUCAACAGUUUCAUCCUGGUCGGGCUGGAACGAGUGCCCAGGUUUGAGGAAGCUGCCUUGUUGGAAUUUGGCCGUGGCUUUAGGUACACCAGACCCCUACGACUCAACAUUCUUGACUUGGACUACGAGCUAAUGGAAGAAUUGGACAAUAUUGCAGAGAGGGAGUGUUGUGGAGUGCCAUGCAAAUGUACAGGCACAAGGGGAGACCGAGGGUCCAUAGGAAUCUCAGGGCCUAAGGGUGGUCAAGGUGGCGCGGGAAGCCAAGGUCAUCCUGGAGACGAGGGUGGACCGGGAGAGCGAGGUCCUCCUGGUGUGAAUGGAACGCAGGGUUUCCAGGGUUGUCCCGGACAGAGAGGUUUUAAGGGUUCUCGGGGAUACUCUGGAGAAAAGGGUGAAUCUGGAGAAAUUGGCCUGGACGGUAUUAACGGCGAAGAGGGCAAGAGUGGAGUGGCUGGGCCCUCAGGAGACAGAGGACAUCCUGGUAGAAGAGGUCCUAAAGGAAUCAAAGGCCAAGCAGGAGACAGGGGAGAAAUGGGAAUCAGAGGAGACCCUGGUACAAGUGGAAGGGAUAACGCUCAAGCUGGACCCAAAGGAGACCCUGGUGAUGCUGGACCAGCGGGUGAGCCCGGCGAGGACGGAAACAAGGGAGCACCUGGAGAGCCAGGAAGAAGGGGAGCUGAUGGGAGACGUGGUGCACCAGGACAAGCUGGUAAUGCGGGGCCACCAGGAGUUGAAGGUGUGAGGGGAGAACCUGGAAUCGGAGGAUCCAGGGGUCCAUCUGGACCAAAUGGUGCACCGGGACCCAGAGGAGAGGACGGAAAUCCUGGACCCAGGGGUCCUGGGGGACGCCCAGGUGCUUCUGGAGAAAAGGGAAGAAGAGGAGCAGUCGGUCGCAAGGGAGAGCCUGGAGAUCCAGGGAUUAAAGGCGUGUUUGGACCCCUUGGACUGCGUGGAGAGUCUGGGGAAGAUGGCAGAGAUGGCUUUGGCAUCUCAGGGCCCAAAGGACGAAGGGGUGAUGAAGGCUUUCCAGGCUUCCCAGGGCCAAAGGGAGAAGCUGGUAACGCAGGAACAAAGGGUGGACCUGGUCCUCGAGGAAAUCGUGGACAGAGGGGUGUUUCUGGAAAUGCUGGGACACCAGGACAGAAAGGAGAGGUCGGAUAUCCGGGACCUUACGGUCAGAAAGGACCAAGAGGACCGGGUGUUGUGCAAUGCGACCUCGUCAAGAAGAUCAGAGACAAUUGUCCAUGCUGUUAUGGCAAGCAGGAGUGUCCCCUGUACCCGACCGAGCUGGCCUUCGCCCUGGACGCGUCCAACGACGUGGGCCGGCCGGCCUUCAACAACAUGCGCGAAGCCGUCCUGCGCAUGCUGCGCGGCAUCACCAUCUCUGAGAGCAACUGCCCGAGGGGCGCCCGCGUGGCCCUCGCCCUUUACAACAGCGAGGUGACCACCGAAGUGCGCUUCGCCGACGCGCUGAAGAAGCGGGAGCUGCUGCGGCGCGUCGAGGGCCUGCAGACGCUGCAGACCAACAAGCGGCGCAGCCUGGAGACAGCCAUGAGCUUCGUGGCUCAGAACACCUUCAAGAGGGUGCGCAGCGGCUUCCUUAUGAGGAAGGUGGCCGUCUUCUUCGUGGGCGGCUCGGUGGGUAACACGCAGGCGGUGACCACCGCGGCGAUGCGCCUCCAUGACGCCGGCAUCGCCACCUUGUUCUUGGUCAGGAGUGACGACAGAGCACUCAGUCGAGCCUUGCAGGUGAACAAUACAGCACUGGCCCAAGUCAUCGUCUUGCCAAACCCGGGAAGCGCACAGUUCGAUUCAGUCAUGAGGAAAGUCAUGAACUGUCAUCUCUGUUUUGACAUCUGCGCUCCGGACCAAAUGUGCGACUAUGUGCCGCCGUCGUCCGGUCGAGACAGACGAUCCUUCGUUGCCGACGUGGAUAUCGACAUGGGUUUCGUGAUCGACAGUUCGGAAAGCACGUACCCCGCCGUCUUCACCGAGAUCAAACGCUACAUCGCGCAUAUGGUGGAGCACCUCCAGGUGUCCUCCAGCCCCGAGACCUCCGCUCACCACGCCAGAGUGGCUGUCGUCCAGCAAGCGCCCUACCAGUUCCUCCACAACCAGACCAAGACACCCGUCCACGUGGACAUCGGCUUGACCGAGCACCAGUCGGCGCAGGGUAUCGUCAAGUUCCUGCUGGAAAAGACGCCCCAGCUGGAAGGCGGGCGCUCGUUGGCAGCCGCCGCGGAGUGGACGGUGGAGCACGUAUUGGAAAAGGCGCCCCUGCAGCGUCCCCGAAAGGUGUUGAUGCUCUUCGUGACGGGCGGCAUUGAGGAGGACGAGGAGCGGCUGGUGCACAUCGCCACCGAGGUCAAGUGCAGAGGCUACUUUUUGGUCAUCUUUGGCAUCGGCGAAAAGCUGAGCGCCGGCGACAGCCGCGUCUUGGCCCGCAUGGCCAGCGAGCCCUCCGACGUCUUCUUCAAGAGACUGGACACCAUCUCGCAGUUUUACGACAAGCACCUGCUCACCUUUGGACAGAUGCUGCCGAAGUACAUCACCAUUGAAAAUGCUUUCUACAUGUCCCCCGAAGUGUCCAAACACUGCAAGUGGUUCCAGAGCGACCAGCCCCUAAAGAACCCUUUUACCACUUUAGUACACCAACAGGAGAAUCAGAAGAAACAUCAUGAAAAGCAACAAGAAUCUCAUCCAGAAAAGCACCAAGGCGACAGUGACGAGCUUCACGUGUCAAACGUGACCCGAAAUGGCUUCAGGCUGCGUUGGACCAACCCGGACCCCAAAAACUUUGUCUACUUCCAAGUGACGGUGACGCGACUGCACGACCACGCCCUGGCCAUCAAAACCAACGUGUCGGCCUCCGAGCUUUCCGUGGACAAGUUGGAAAGCGGGCAGACGUACCACGCCGUGGUGACGGGCCACGGCGCUGACGGCCACGUGCUCGCCACCCAUAAAGGAAUCGUCACCACCAAGUCAGCACUGCGGCGACCAAUCAUCAGCAGCCACGUCAUCAGCGCUCCAGUAGACACGCCGCUGGACAAACCACAGACGGUGCCAGAGCCUAAUUCUCAGGCGCAGCAAGUGGACAAGGUGGAGCUCCACCCAGCUCCAGCGGCCUCCACAGCCCUGGACAUUUGCCAGCUCCCCAAAGAGGAGGGCACAUGUGCCAAGUUUGUCCUCAAGUGGCACUACGACGCUCCCAGUAAGAGCUGCGCACGCUUCUGGUACGGAGGCUGCGGCGGAAACCAGAAUCGCUUCGACUCACAUGAAGAGUGUGCAAAGGCUUGUGGAAAACCAGCGCCCAUCAACCAAGGGGUCAUCGCUUCAUUGCGGACAUAGGAGACGGAUUGCACCCGUGGCCAGCCUUUACCUGUUUUGAGGAGAACAAGCCACACUGGUCAUACUGUACGAAUGGAGGCUGCACUGGAUUCCACACAAAUGAACUCGACCCCGCCCCAAUAACUCGGGCUGGUCAUUUCGAUUCAUUUUUUGUUUUGUUUUGUUUUGUUUUUUUUUUUACAUCACAAAUGAAAAGCAACACCAUUUGCCGCAUGAAUUUUGUUUUUAUUUCCCCAAUCUACUGGUGCUACUUAAAGUCUUUUUGUUUUUGCAGAUGGUAUCGAUGUGCAUUUCGUUUUGUACAGUCAAGUCGUCAGGUUUUUUUUUUCGUAGAGGAGUUUUGUAGUUGAGCAGGCGGUAAAAUACGUGACGUACAUUCAGGACUUGCACGAGUCACUUCACCCAAGCUUCUCAUGUUGUGUUUGACAUUCCACAUUCACCAUUUGGCUUCUUUUUGUUCGUUUCAAUGUCAUUUCAUACCCGUUUAGUCCUAUCAUCGGUAGCCACAGAACACACAACACAAACACACACACGAAAAAAAAAAAAUGGGUACACCAGUCUUGUGUUAAAUUGCUAGCAACUGCUUGAACGCAAAUACAUGAAGUGCACUUCUUGAUCCACUGCCUCAAACAAACCAAAGCAAUUUCAAGAUAGAAUGUAUUUGUUGAGCUGUCUCUGUUUUUGUUUCAUUUACUGAAACCUGUGUUGCAUCUGAGUAUAGAACACAAAAUAAAAUAGACUUUCUAAUAAAUAUUA